CGGGGAUGUUGUCCUUGAGGAGAGCGUUUCGUUCAUGGGGAACAUGAGACCCACACAUACCUUCCACUCCACGUGUGCGGUCGAUCCAGGCGCACUCUUCCUCUCACCUUUCUGCUCUUCUGUGGAACUCCACGACCACACGAACGCAAAACCCGCGAACCACGCCAGAGAGUGCCGCCACCUCGGACACAGUUCAGGUGGGAAAGGUGCCAGCGACCUGCGACCCUCGGCCGCGGUAGGCGUUCUUUCCACAGCGGAGGCAGAAAAACCAUGUACCAGCAGGAGAGAGGAACACAUUCAUGUAAAUCGCUCGUAUUAUCCUCUCGACUGUUCCGUGUCCCACGGUAUGAGGCUUUUGUCCUCUACACGCGUUCUGCGAACAACCCUGAAUCACGAACACUGCUAUUUCGCGCGUGGCUUCGUUUCCCAGCAGGAGGUAUUUUCAGCCAUACUCUCUCGCCAACUCACGGACGCUUCCUUUUCCAGACUGGAAAUGGUUUAUCGCUCGUACCUCGCUGCGGUGCUCUCAUUUCUACGUGCCACGGAUCGCACCGUACACAAGGUCUGUGACACCGUCCAGAGGCACCCACAAUCGAGUAGGCUAAGUUUUUCAUGCUCUGUGCCCUAUCACCAACACGGUAACCCCUGGGGAAAGAUGCCUAGGAAAGAAAUAGAAUCUGACUAGGUGUUCCCCUUUUAAAAAAUCGUACCAUAGUAGAGAUGUGUUGGUAUCGAACAGUGGUGGUGGCCGCAACAGGCCCUACAGUAACACUCUGUCAUAUGGAGACAGAACACGGGACGAUAUUUCAAGGAUUUUACAGGACGUGACGGAAAAAAGGCCUAGAAUUUCGCACGAUUCGUGGUAUAUAAUGGAGUCGGGAAACCCCUACGACUCCUUGUUCUACCCACAAAAAUAUGACGUUGGAGAAAUUCGCACUGAGGAAGAUGUUAUUUACUUCUUUGCAGGGAACACGAAUUGAAAAAACAGUCUGUAGAACAGUCUAAUCGUCUGCCCGUAAGCGCCGUCACGGAACUCUCGCCACCCACGGUUCUAUGGAGCCCGUAAGCCAGGCAUGCCGUUCUGGGAUGAAAAAACGGCUUCUUACGCGCCCGCGUAUGCGGAGGACUUGGAGCUGGAUUCACGAUAUUCAGCGCUCCUGUAGUGCUAUUGCUUUGAAAACGCGAUGCAGAAAAAGCAAACGUGCUAGGCAUUUCGACUUUACUCCUUGUAAAAAAAUUCACUAACUGAGGAAGGUGAAAAAUACCGCCGGAGUGGACUCGUGAUACUUUUCGCGCUAGAAGCGGAUGAGGCAUUGCGCCUCCACUCCGACGGCUUCUGCUGAGUAAAACCACAUCGUUUCUUUCCCAGUUAACAUCCCACGACGACAUCUAUGCUUUGAAAUUGCUACUCGAUAAGUUUUUCUAGCUUCUAGUGCGGUUUUCCUUCCUCGCCACCCAACUUCCUCGCUUUUCUCCCGUUUCGCGUUUCGUUCCCGGCGUUGCGGGUCCGCAAACGCGCUGAGGUUAAUUGGCAGAUUUCGCUAGAGCGCCUUGAGGUCACAUGCGGGAAUCGUUACCCCAUCUUGCCUCCGAUUUUCGUCUCGUCAGUUUCUUGGUUUUCUAGAUGACUCCCGUGCACUUUCCGUUCUCAGUUCUACCGAACCGACUGAAGCCUACUUUGAGGGCAAGCGCAGCUUAGCCAACCCCCCUCUGGACAGCCGAACGUGCUUUUCUCUUUAUUCGACUUCGUUUUCCGCGUCGUUUCUAGUGUGUAUGCUACUCGCGAGCAUUCGCAUCGAAAGACAAGGCUCAACUUGCCUUGCGUUGUCUCUCCCCUCGAGAAAACUCGCUGGCGCUCAACCCGUCAGCACGAGUCAACCACGGACAUUUUUUGAUGUUCAAGCUCCACCUUACGACUCCCGCCGUCGCUCUGAGCGCUUGAGGGAGGACUUUGUCGUUUUAACCGCUCCUUUUCUGGGGCGUGAGUCGCACGUGUUGGACUAUUUAUUUAAAUCCUGAAAGAAGUUUCGUGUAACGGAUCUUAGGCCCUCUGCUUUCGACAUGUGAAUGCCAGAACGCUUUUCCCUUCGUGCUGUAAAACUUGCUUCUGUUUUUUUCGCAAGGAAGUUGGGGUCGACACGAAUCUCUGGGCUGCGUCCGACGACGUCAAAAUCACCACUGAUUUCCCCUUUCCCGCCGGAACCGUUCUCCAGCUCCUCUUCCUCACCAGCGCGUUUUUUCCUUUCCACUGUCUCAACACUCAGGUUCUGGACCUCUCCGAAAAAACAGUGGCAUCCAAGGUCUGUUUCGGCGAAGAGCGGAGCGCGUAGAGGCUUCUCCGCAGCUUGGAAACCCCGAGAGAAACCCAUCACGGUGUAGAUGUGAUUUUGUGAAGUCUCGAGGCCCCCCUCCUGCGCACAUUGUGACUCUCUCACUCGUUGCUCUUUUUCGUUUCUGUGUGUCAUUGAAUUCUUCAUGUUGCUUCAUCCCGCGUUUGCGUCGAUGCCAAUCACUGGCCUGCGCCACAGUAGCCUGUGAAGAAGAGGUACUUGCAUGCGCAGAGGACCGGACAGAAUACGUUUUUCCUUUUUCUUGAGAGUUCGAGUAGACAGACAAACAUGUAGGGAAACCUGGAGCGGUGUAGUUGGAGAUGAGCCGGACUCACCAGCGGCUUGUCUCUUUUCGGAGUUUGAAGAAGACAUUUGAAGAGAGUGAGGACAAGUCCAAAGGCCAGGGACCUUUGCGUGUUCUUUUUCUCUCGUCGUCUUCACAUUAGGGCGACCGAUUUGGAAACUCUCUCCUUUCCGGCCUUUCCCUCUUGCCAGCCUCAUCGGUGGAACGGUUCGCCCGCUAUCUCAGGUCUCGUUUUCUCGUGGCUUUGCUGCGUCUCUUCACUCGAUUCUCUGAUUCGCGGGUCCCAAAACCGUAGACGAUCCUCCAAGCAGUCGUGUCUUCGAUUCCUUCGGCUUUCUGUUAGGUUUUUCCGACCUUGUUGUGUCGUUGACGGAUCACAUGUCCCUCUCGCUGCUUCGCCCUGUUUUCGGGGGGCUUCGCUCCUGCAGGAGUUUCUGUCCUUCUGCAGUCGGCCUGUCGAUUUCUUCCUUUUCGUUUCUCUGUCGCUUUUUAAGGAAGCCACACUUCAUUGCCUGUUAAGCUCCGCCUUCUCCACGGCGCUGUGCAGCCGCGCGAGCGGUGGCUAUGGACGGAGGAGACGUCCACCUCUGCAGAAAAAGGCCGCGUUCGCAUGCAUGCGUCGACGCGCUUCUCCCGAAAUCGUCCGCCGUUGGUGCAAACUGCCACAGUCUCCGCAAGAACGAGAGAAGCUUUCAAACGCAGCAAAGAACCGAUCUUCUCGCGAGAUCUGAGCUCCCUGUUGAGUCUCGCGUCUCAUGCUGGACUCUCUGGACGUAGCUUGCCCUCCUGUGACACAGGAGCCUGGGUCGACGCCGAGAACUGGCCUCUCCUUCAAGAGGGCGGAGCACUGAUUCGUCAAAGUGACUCCACAAAUCCGCGUCUCUGGCGCUCCGGUCUCGGCGAGACGCUGACAGACGUGUGACGGAGAAUUCUAGACUGUGUCUCUGGUCCACAACGCGAACAAGGAAGAAGGACCGCACUUGCGGCUCCAAGGGACCCCAUCAUGACGUCGAUGCUGCGCCUCACCUCUUGCCUGUAAACGCAUGCUUGCGUGAAGGGGACGCCUGUUCGCUGCGUCCGUGUCUCUCCCCUCGGUCGCCUUUCUCCCAUACACGUCGUUUAGUCUCUGGCGCUGUCUCGGCACACCUCCCUCUCUCCAGCGCCGCCUCACCGAAAGCAAAAUGGGAUGCACACAGAGCGGCCAUCGAUCCUUCAACGACGACUACCUCUUGGGUCCAAAGAUAGCUACUGGGACCUUCACGCAAACUCGGCUGUGCACCGACCGGCGAACGGGAGAAGUCCGCGCUGCUAAGAUCCGCAGUCAGCCUUACUUGGAGGCCGACUGUCGCUUUGAAGCUGGCCUGCUGACUGAGCUGAACAACGCGAGCCACUCCUUCCUGCUGUCGCGCGCGCCGACUCGUUCUCGGACGAUGAAGAGUCGAGACGGAGACCCGCGAACGACUCGCGGCGUCGACCAUGUGCUGCGCUUCUUCGGUGCCUACGCAGAACGAACUUUCUUCUGUGAGGUCUUCGAGCUCUGCCAAGGCGGCGAGAUGAUGUCUCUAGACGAGAACGAGGAAACAACUGAGGCUGAUGUCGCCCGGUGGAUUCGCCAGCUCCUGAUGGCCAUUGAGACCCUCCACCUUCGGUCCAUCGUGCACAGAAACGUAAAUCCGAGCAACGUCCUUCUGCUGGAAGCCACUCGCCGGACGGUCAAGCUCGGCGGGUUUGGGUUGGCAUGCCGAGUGCCGUCUCGGAAGCUGCUCAAGGAGGCGUGUGGGUCGCGAGCGUACCUGGCGCCCGAGAUGCUGAUUGGAAACUACGGGAGGAAAGUGGACGUUUGGGCGGUCGGGGUGAUUCUCUACGUUUUCCUUUUUGGCCGGCUCCCCUUCGCGGCCGCAGACACCUACCAUCUCUUCAAAAGCAUCAUUGAGGAAGAGCCAGCGUGGACGUACAUCCGGACGCGCGACCUGCAGCCCGGCUGGACAGACACCGUCCAGGGGACCCGCCGGCGAUCCGGCGCAGAAAGUCCUGGAGAAAGAGGAGAAAUGCCGACAGAAAACAUGGACUCUCGUGGGGAAACACGCUGGGUCCGCCCUGACAAAGCUCGCUUCGAGACCGUUCCGACUCCAGCCGCACCGCCUGCCUCCAAAGCCGCCAGUGGCGACUGCAGACGCGGAGACACUCUCGGCGAACAGGGACAGCCACAAGAGAGACAGGAGACGCAGAAGAGACGGGAGACACGGGAGAGACAGGCGAGCCGUAAGGAAGAGCAGACACAGAAAAGACAGGAGACGAAAGAAAGCCGGGAAACAGAGGCGGGAUCCCGCGAGGACGGUCGUCCUUUGGACUCACUUCGGUCGCGGGAAGGACGGAGAGAAGGGGGUGGGGAGGCGCCUGCACUUUUUUGUGGAGACACAGCGACUCGGAGAGGAGACACUUCAGCUGGUCGAGACCGGGAGGGCAGGACUGGGUCGACACAGAGCGACAAAGAAUCGACCGAGAGAGGACAAGGCGAUGGGCGAGGGAAGGCCUCGAAGAAGAGGCAUGCGCUGAAUGGCGUUCCGAGCUCGGCAGAGAACCUCGUCCAAGAGUGCCUCGCGCCAGGGAAGUUAGCGACCGAAAGCACAGGGCAAGCAGACGCAUGCGACCUGCAGACAGAUGAUGAUGACUACGCGCCCAGCGCCGAAGCCGUGGACCUCUGCAAGCAAUUGCUGACGAAAAAUUUCCUUCGCAGACCCACAGCCACAGAAGCUCUGAACCACCCGUGGAUCCAGCGCGAAGCCUGGGCAGACGGUCGAAAGGGAUUGACCCUGCCUCGCAGCCUGCGGCGGCGGAUUUCCCAGUGCAACGCGGAGGUGUGUCUGCGCAGCGGCUCCAGCUUGAGCGUCCUCGGCGUCGACUCUGGAGAGCCUGGAUUCGGCACGACACUGUCUACGCAAGGCCUUGAGAGUGAGGCGCCUCUCCGCCAUUCGCCGCAAACGUCGCUUCUAGAAGUUUCCCCCAAGUCUCUUCAGGCAACUGUGCUUGGCCCCCUAGAGUCGGGAACCUCCACUGCAGGCUCCAACGCACUCGCCGACGUCCGACUGCAUGCGCGGCGCAGUCUCGUCUCUUCUCGAGCGCGCACCAGCGUCUCGCUGACCUCCUCUGCCCCGGGACAGACGCAGCGCCCACACGACUCAGCCGAGAGAGGUUGGGCGCCGAAGGAGACAGUCCAGGCGCCCAAGAAGACGGCUACUGCACCGAAGGAGACAGCUGGGGCUCCUGCGGAGACUGUGCAGGCGCGCGACCGGGUCGUGGGCUCCACGGUGAAAGGCUGGCGAGUGCGGCGGUCACGCGGAGAGGCCGAGGGCGCCAGCGGACGCGGCUCUCAGGUGUCUUCAACCAGAGAGGCCAGCGAGAAGAAGGGAUGGAGCAUGCAGUCGAACUCUGUGUUCAAGAAGCUGCAGCGCUCGUGCAGAAGCGGGUCGCGACUUGAAGAGGCGGCUUACGGCGACUACCAAGAGGACUUGGCGCGCCUGCGGUGCUCGUGAAGGUCUGAUGCGCCAGUCUCGGCGGAUUUGAAGGCGAACAAACUCAGGGAGAAUUGAGCGAGAAGAAUUAAAAAAACAGAACAGAAGGAGCAGAACUGAAAGAAUACGACUGUGGAGAGAACCUCUGAGUCGGAGCCGAGUCUCGACGUGGACGAGGAGGGAGCUGCAAGAGAGAACGGGGGAAGCACACAGGGGCGAAGAGGACCAAAGAGCGAGAGAAAGAAGAUGCAAGUCGACAGGGCAGUGUGAGGGAGGCUGGGGAGAAAGCUCGACAAGGCACGAUCGACGAACACACGCAGACCGAUGGGUUUGUGGAAUUUGCUUGGCAGUCACCGUUUCUGUGCUGUUUCGGACUGUUCCAGUGCUAUGUCCCAGGCCCGACUAAAAAAGUCUUUUGACGGGAUGGCGACAAUCACGCAGAAGCAAGCAGGGUAAAAGAGCUGAGGGGAGACAGAAAGGCUUUCAGCUGCAUGCGCAGUGUGCCCUUUGUUCACCUGAUCGUUUCUCUCACAGUGGCGCUGACAGAGAGAGAGAGGCGCCUCAGAAGCAGGUAGGAAGAAGAGCAACUUUCUCCUGAAGCCGAAAAAACUCUCUGGUGGGCCUGUUCUCUUUCCUGUGGUCAGAGCACAUCUCUUUCUGGCUACUCGUUGACGAGGGAGAUGUGCAUGUAAAAGAAUACCCGACUGUCGACUUCGAUGGCCUGAAGGACGCUGAGAUAGACUUGGGAAACCGUCAACUACCUUAGAGAGACCUUUUUUCUGAAGCUCGUUCGUCUUGUCUCUCUCACCCAAGGCGUGUACUCUUUUCUUCGAUUCCAUAUGACUUGUGUACUUCCGACACCAGAGACUUCUCCACCGUAAGUGCUUGCUCAUCUG